UGCGUGCGACACCGGUGGAUGUCCCGAUAUCACUCAACCAGCACCAUCCAAGUCAAGUCAUUCGUGGCCGCGUCCCGGGUCGGCCGGACCUGAGUGAUCGCUGGGAGAAGCUGAGGCCGAGGAACGCAGUUGAUUGCGCAGUCCAGUCCGCUCCGCACUUCACAGCACAGUCGGUGCAGGGGUCGCCAUCGCCGGUCAAGCGGAGUAUGGUUGGUCUCGGUCUCGGCCAGGCCGUCGGAAUGGAUUGCAUCGUCAAGAUUUCGUCGUGGGACAGGGUCAAGAUCCACAUUUGCUCCCUGCUGUGGGGUCUCUGGAUUCUGCUCAAGAGGUUUCUGCUUCGCCUGUGGAACGCAAACUACGCUGGCUCGUCGGCGGAGAAAAGAGGCAACCCUCCGGCCUGCCUGCUCGAGACGACUUUCGGCACCCACUCGUACGUCAAACUGAAGGGUGUAAAACUCCAUUAUGUGGAAUGCGGAGGUGGCAGAGAUAAACCACUCAUUCUGUUGCUGCAUGGAUUCCCUGAUUGUUGGAUUGGCUGGAGACAGCAAGUGCCAGUUUUAGCGUCGCACUUCCGGGUAGUGGCAUUGGAUUUGAAGGGCUUUGGUGACUCCGAUAAGCCACUCUCCUCCCGCAGUUACCAAGUCUCAUCUGUUGUUGCGGAACUCAGAAGCCUCAUUACUGCAUUGGGUGUUCGCAGCUGCAUGAUUGUUGGCCAUGAUCUGGGUGCCCUCCUGGGUUGGUUCCUCGUCCACUGCUACCCAGAUGUUGUUACUAAAUUUGUAGCUAUUUCAUGUCCACAUCCAAAUGUCUAUUGGAGUUGUUUACCCAAAGCGAGCGCAUUUAAUUCAAGAUGGUUGCACCUUAGUCAGCUGCCAAGCUUAGCAGAAAUGGAAGCCCUCACUAAUGAUCUUGGUAUAAUUGACCAGUGUUACCAGCAUCUCAAAAACAGGAAAGGGCAAGAAGCUUAUUUGGAUGCUUAUAAAUAUGCAUUUUCUAGAAGAGCGGAUUGGACUGGUCCAAUCAACUAUUACCGUAAUUUGCCUUUUUGGAGAGUGAGUGAAGGCAGAGGAGCUGUCAAUGUCCCAACAUUACUGUUGACGGGUAACAAGGAUCCAUGGGUCAACUUGGAAAGUAUUGUCAAGUCUUCAGAUUAUGUUGAAAAGUUUUUAGUGAAAAUGGUUGAAGGGGCUGGUCAUUUCCCUCAUCAAGAAUGCCCUGAGGCUGUCAACAAUCUCUUGCUUUCAUUUUUAGUUGAAAAACCUCAAGUGAAAGCUCUUCAAAGAGAAUCCUCCCUUGGACUUGUAAACAGAAUGUUUAGUUCUACCCUAUCGUAUGGGAAGGAAAUGUUUGAUGUAGUUCAGAAGACUACCAGUGGAGUUACCGGGUUUCCAACACGUGCCUUAGCAUUGGCACAAGGUGGAAGCUGAUCUCUCUUCAUCACAAUAUCAAGCCAGGAACCUCAUUCCUAAUGUAAAAGUGAAAUGUAAUGUAAAUAUUAAAAGUAAGCAUGCUUGAUUUAUACUGAUGUGUUGUGAUUGAAAUCUUUAUUCUGUAAGAAUUAGAAACCACUAAUAUUAUGUGAGGUACUUCGGUCAUGGAUCAGUAGGCAAUUCUCUACACCGAACACUGUUAUUAUUGUGAUAUUUAUCCUUCUUCCUUUUUCUUCCUUUUUUAAUUUUCCAUAGAAGCUUGUGGGUUCCCAUUUGUUGAAAGUCACAAAUUUGUUCUACACUUAGACCAAAGCUUUAUAUGAUUUUUUUUCUAGUCAGAUUUUAUUGUUUUAACUUUGUCACAAGGAUAUAAAAUGUUUUUAAUGCCA